AUGAUUCCGCUACUCAAUACAAGUUCGCUUCCACAUGCAAACACUACCUACCGGGUUUCGUGGUCGUUUGCCCAUAUACUGCUGUUACUACUGAUUGUCCUUGUCAUAUUUGGAAAUGCUCUUGUUAUAUUAGCUGUAUUAAUCGAUAAAAAACUAAGAACAGUAACAACAAAUAAGUUCAUAGCAAGUUUAGCUGUUUCUGAUAUUCUUGUCGGAACGAUUGUUAUGCCAUUUAGUUUAUAUUAUAAGUUAUCUAAUGAUGAAUGGACUCUCGGAUAUGCGUGGUGUCAAUUUCAUCUGGUUUCAGGAGUUUUUUCAACAACAGCCAGUAUCGUCCAUCUGGUUGCCAUUAGUCUGGAUAGAUACUUUGCCAUCAUGUUUCCAACUGAAUAUCAACGGCAUUCCGUUUCAACAUCGACAUUACCAUAUGUGAUUAUGAUAUGGUUAAUGGCAUUGGCUGUUUCAUCAACGUUGUUCAUGGAAGGGCCACAACACAAUGCUCGUGUAUGCUGGAUUGAGAAUCCUCAGUACAUUGUUCUAUCGUCGUUCUUGAGCUUCUUCUUGCCAGGCGUCAUUGUUGUAUAUUUAUAUAUAAAAAUCUUCAAGAAGUUACGAAAUCAUCAAUUGUACAUGUUUGGAAGCGCCACACAAGGCAAGCACACCGGAGAUAAGCGUCGAUCUUUGCCUCGUGUUAUUAUUGAAGAAGUUCGUUCGAGACGAGGAUCUCGUCUUUCACAAACGGGAUCAUCUGGAGGUUCACCAACACGAAGAGGAAGUAAAGAGCGAUCACCCAGUCAACCAGACAUUCUUCAUAAUACAGCCAGACCUCCACAACGAUGGAGAAGUCCGACUAUUUGUGCUGAAACAUUAGAACAUGAUCGAACAUCAGCAGCCAAGAAACGAGUUUCCAUCGUUCCGGACCCUCCAUCUAUGGAUGUCAGUUGCAAUAUGAGUUCUUUUCAACAAAUGAAAGACGAACACAUGAUGAAUAGAAUGAGAGAAGAAGAGUUACAUGAUCCGCUCAGAAAACAAAGUGAAGAAGAAGUACGCAAGCUUAGUGAAGAGAGGAAAGUUAAAAUUGCUGAGAAACGUCGAAUGAGUACUCAAGACAAUCCGAAUGGACUGCCUAUCAUGGCUGCUUUCCAGAAGGCAUACAAUGAGGUUAGAAAUGGACGUCGACGAUCUACACAAGAUGUCGAGAUAUCCUAUCAUUUUCCUACCUUAGCUGGCGUAGCAGAAGAUGUAUCACCUACGAGUAUCGAUAAGAAGCUUUCAACAGAAUCAAGUGUUGCUGAGACUGUUAUUGCUUUGCAUAAAGUUUCACCCGUUCUUCUCAAUAAAGACGAUUCACAUGAUGAAUCAGUCUCAACGGAUGCCAGUCAGAAACCUCUUCUUUCCGUUCCUUCAAGCAAUCACAAGAAGAAACCAAUUCCAUGCAUUCCUCCACCAACAUUCCUUAUGGUACCAGCAAUGAUGUCUCUUAACACUCCCCCUCUAUCUCCGAAUCUCAAAGAUAACUGCACUCUUAAGAACAAUUUGAAGGUUCCCCGACUCUUUGAUUGUCCAUCACCAUGCUCCGUUCCAUCCAAUAGUAGUCAUUCAUCUUAUACAUCCGCUAGUGGAAGUAGCGAUACUUACAGACGUAUCUCGAUGAACAGCUAUGGGAGUUCAUUAACUGAUGCAACAGACAGCACAUUUGAAAUUGACUCAAGAAGGUCAUCAGCUUGGUCAACUCUUCGAGCAGCUGUAUUGGACGGAGGGACGAACGGGACUCCGCAAAAGAAGAUUUCAACCAUCAGCCGUGGAAAACUUCGUCGAAUUGCAACUCAGGUAACCAGAGCAAUUCGAAGAAAGCGACGUGAAUCAAUGGCUAUUAGGCGUGAAUCUAGAGCUACACGAGUAGUUGCAGCAAUUUUAUUAGCUUUCCUUAUAUGUUGGAUUCCAUAUUUCUGUGUAAGCGUACUACGUGGCAUAAUAACCGGCUUUCGCUUGCCCAUAAAUGAAUCUUUACAUAUCCAAUUAUUCGUCAGUACUUCAUGGCUUGGAUAUGCUCAUUCAUGUUUUAAUCCCGUUAUCUAUAUGUGUCUGAACAAGAAUUUCCGAGCUACGAUGAAAAAAUUAUUUUCAAGAAAUUGA